CUUCCGGUUGGAAUAUCAAGAUUUUAUUUGGCGAAAGAUUUCUGUCCUGUUUUGAGAAAUACGGGAUCUUUGACGAAGGAGUCGCAUUGUUGUAACCUCACAGAAUUUCCUUCCAGUCUUGGAGCACCCUGAGAACUUCAAUCUGAUGAGUCCGCAGGCUAUGGAGGUGGGGUUACGGGCGGUCCGUGGCCCAGACUGGAAAUGGGGUAACCAAGAUGACGGAGAGGGUCACGUUGGCACAGUGGUGGAAAUAGGCAAGCCGAGCAGUUCCACUUCGCCAGAUAAAACUGUUGUAGUUCAGUGGGAUUCUGGAGCUCGCACCAAUUAUCGAGUGGGUUAUCAGGGCGCCUAUGACCUUCGAGUUCUGGACAAUGCACCCACAGGUGUAAAACAUCCGAACAUCAUUUGUGAUGGCUGUAAGAAGCAGGGCAUCCAGGGAAUGCGGUGGAAGUGCACCAAGUGUCACGACUUUGACCUGUGUACCGAGUGUUACAUGUCGGACAAACACGACCUAGGCCACUCCUUUCUCAGAUUUGAGACAUCUCCUUCAAAAGGAGUGAAAAUGCCAAAAAGGAAGGAUAGUGUGAACAGUAAUAAAAUCCAAUCCUGGGGAAUUUUCCCCGGGGCCAGGGUUUUACGAGGACCAGACUGGGAUUGGGCUAACCAGGAUGGUGGGGAAGGAAAGAUAGGCAAGGUGACAGAUAUACGAGGAUGGGACUCGGAAUCAGGGCGAAGUGUAGCCCACGUAACAUGGACGUCCGGAUCUACCAAUGUUUACCGUGUAGGACACAAGGGCAAGGUAGACCUGAAAUAUAUCAGUGCUGCCAACGGACCAUCCUACUACAAGGAGCACCUUCCUGUACUGGGAGAGUUCCCAGAUAUAGUGACCUCAGGAGGUGUGCAGUGUCAGUUCAAGGUCGGGGACAAGGUCAAGGUUGACCUAGAAGCAGAUAUCCUGAAGGCCAUGCAGGAAGGUCAUGGUGGCUGGAAUCCACGAAUGGCAGAGUACAUUGGCAAGGUUGGGUCAGUCCAUCGCAUCACAGACCGCGGGGAUGUAAGGGUACAGUAUGAAGGAUGUAGUAAUCGAUGGACGUUCCAUGCUGGAGCCCUGACCAAGGUGCACUUGUUUGCAUUAAAUGACAUUGUAAAGAUAUCGCAGGACAUACAUAUAGUGAAGGAACUACAGAAGGGUCAUGGAGAAUGGUCAGAAAACAUGCGGCCGGCCCUAGGGAAGACUGGUCGAGUACUGAAGGUCUAUCCGGAUGGGGACCUCAGAGUGUCUGUGUCUGCUGGUCAAACAUGGACUUUGAACCCUGCGAGUUGUACGCUAGCCCAGCAUGCGCAGCCAAAUGUCAACAACACCAAUGGGGCGGCACCUGAGCGUGAGGAGGCUUCAGGGGUGAGCUUGACCUCCCUGUUGGAACAGCUGAUGGAGAUAAAGUCCUUGGACUCGGGACCAGACAGGCUUGUAAGGGAGGCUGCUCAAGGUCACACUGAAAUCGUCAAGGAGAUCGUCAGUAAACAUCCUGACAAGGUGGACAUGAAGAGUUCAGGUAAGACAGCUCUACAGGUGGCCAGUCAUCAGGGACACACGGAGAUCGUACAGAUCCUGCUACAUGCUGGGGCCAAUCUGGAGCUCCAGGACGAAGAUGGAGACUCGGCUCUCCACUAUUCAGCAUUUGGGAAUCAGGCUGAAGUGAUGCGUUUACUACUGAGACAGAAGGUUCAUAUAAACGCCCUGAACAAUGGUGGCUGCAGCACACUCCACGUGGCCGUCAACAAACAACACCUCGACUGUGUCAAGAUCCUCCUCGCACAUGAUCAGUGCAACGUCAACAUACAGGACUCGUAUGAAGACACCGCCCUACACGAUGCCAUCGGUAAAGAGAAUCGGGAGAUCAUUGACCUGCUGGUGAACGUCAAUGUCAUAGACUUUACACUGAAAAACAAGAGAGGAUUCAAUGUGCUUCACCAUGCUGCCCUGAAAGGGAACAAUUUAGCAACAGAGAAGAUUCUUGCUAAGUGUCGACAAAUCGUGGAUAUAAAGAAAGACGAUGGAUUUUCUGCCCUCCAUCUUGCCGCUCUCAAUGGACAUAAGGAAGUCACAAAUACACUUAUUUCGCAAGGCCAUGCUGAUAUAGAGAAUCGUAACAACAGACAACAAACCCCACUUCUACUGGCGGUAUCGCAGGGCCAUACGUCCAUCAUUGAGCUCCUGGUGGUGUGUGGCUCAGACGUCAAUGUAAUGGAUGAAGAUGGUGAUACCUGUCUCCAUCUCGCCCUCAUGAGGCAGACUGUUGCGACAGAGAAGGAGAAUAGUCCAAUGCUGGAUGCUAUCCGACACCAACUCGGCAUGACAGAGGAUGAUGAACAAAUGGGACCUGCAAUUGCUUGUUAUCUCGCUCAACAAGGGGCAAAACUCACCCAGAAAAACCACCAGGGCAAGACUCCAAUGGAUGUCAUCAGUGACGCACGUACAGAGGAGCUCAUCAAACAGUUCGCCACAUCAAAUGCGACUGGCACUAAAUCCGAGAUGCAGCAGGCCAGUGACGGGGACAUUGAAUGUGUAGUGUGUUCAGAGCAAAUGGCGUGCAUCAAGUUCCUGCCCUGUGAACAUGUGGUCACUUGUCAGGAUUGUAGUAUGAAACCAAAGCGCUGCCUGACCUGUAAAGUCAACAUAGAGGCCAAGGUUUCCAGAGAUGGAACCAAACUACAGAUAAACAGUAAUUCCCUGUCGACAGACUCCGAGUCCAACGUACUACAACGCCGCCUACAGGAGAUGGAGGAGAACAUACUGUGUACCAUCUGUAUGGAGCGACGACGAGACAUGGUCUUCCUGUGUGGGCACAGUGUCUGCAACAAGUGCGGCGAGGCACUCAAAAUCUGUCACAUGUGUCGCAAACCUAUCACGAAGAAAAUUACCAUUUACAGUUAAAACCUGUCACCUUUGUUGAAUAUGCGUCACAAAAAACAAAAACUUUUUCUUUAGUUAAAUCCAAUUAUGGUGUUGUAAGCCUAUCACUGAGACAAAGUAACCUCUAUUGAAAUCUGUUGUAUGUGUUAUAAACUUUGACAAAUAAGGACAGAAUAAUGUUGCAUACAUACAUAUGCUGAAGAAAAUUACCCUCUACUCUUAGGUCCUAUCCUUGUGUCAAAAAGGAUUAUGAGGGGAAAACAACUCCCAUUUGUCAGCAGCCUCUUAUAAAAACUAAAUCUCUGAAAUUUUAUCAGUUUUGAUAUUUUAUUAUUAGUCGGCCAUUAUCCUACUUUGCAAUUAUCUGCAAUUAUUGAUAAAUGCAAUGAUAAAAGUAUUAAACUGAUGUUUCAAAUAUUAUCAGAGGGACUUUGAGAGGAAGCAGAAGGUUAUGAACUUGAAGCUGGUAUAUUGGACUAUUAUGUGAAUUCAGGAUUUUUCAGUCUUUUGAAGAAAUUAAUAGGUUUUUGUAUAAAUUCCUGUGUUUUCUUCAGAAUUUUAAUAUCUUGAAUUAGAUUUCCUUCAACCAAGAGUUCUUAGUUACAUCUACCUGGAAGGUAUUAUUGAAACUCAAUUGAGGUAGCUAUCAAGUCUGAAUAGUAAUGGUGAAUUUUGUUCCUGCUGGUUAAGACCUUAUCACCAACUUGAAGUUUAAAUCUUUAAAACUUGAUAAUCAUCCAAUAAAAUAUGUUAUAGAAUCCUGAAUGAUCCUGAGAAGGUUCAGGGCAUAACUUAAAAACGUUUGGGGUUUUCAUCAUAUAUGGAGCAGUACAGUUGUAAUGUGAUAUCAAUUUCACUGUUAAAUAUAGAUUUUGAUUUUAGGAGAAAUUUUGAAACUGGCAACAAUUGAAGUUUGAAAUUCAUUUAUUAAACCUGUGCCAGGAUUAUUUGAAAUUGAAUUACGUUUUAGCAGAUGAAAGGUUGAAGGGUACUUUCUAGUUUUAGAAUAACAUAGCUCUUCAAAGUUUUAUCAAAGUUACCGUUU